AUGCAAGGCUUCAACAGGUAUAUUCCUCCCCACUACGAUGGUCGCAGGUCUCUCAAUAGUCUCGCUGGAAAACCUCAUGCUCUGGGCUCACGAGCCCGCAAAAUAUCUAUGGGCAUUCUCACUGUCCGUUUCGAAUCCCCUAUGGACAUUUCCUGCUCCCACUGCCAUGUUUCCAUAGCCCAAGGUACCCGCUUUAAUGCCGAAAAACAAAAGACCGGCUCUUACUUUUCGACUCCAAUCUGGUCCUUCAAGUUUCUUUGCCCAAAAUGCAAGUCUUCUAUUGAAAUCAGAACUGACCCUCAAAAUGCUUGCUACCGUGCUGUUUCGGGUGCUACCGAACGAUUCCCUCAAUCUUCAACAACUACCACCGAAGUCGCAGGACCUUCCUCAGCAAAUGCAGUCAGAUACAGCGGACUGCUGAGUAACAAUAAACUGCUUUCACAAAAAUCUUCCGGCGACGGAUUUGCUGCUCUUGAGCGUAAUGGGGGUGCUACGAAUUCCCGAGCUUCUCAGGAAGAACGCAUCAGGAUACUUUAUGAGCGCAACAAACGACAAUGGCGCGACUCUUAUGCUGCGUCUAAAAGGCUGCGUGAAAAGUUUCGUCGCGAAAAACAUGCAAUUGAAAAAGUUGACCGUGAAAACCAAUCUCUAAAGGAUAAACACUCUUUGUUUCUGACGCCAGCAUCAGAAUCUUUAGAAGAUGUGCGCAUCGCCCAGCUAAACUCCUAUGGUAGCGGUAUUGAUCUAAAUCGCAAAGACCAACUCAUGUCAUCUUCACUACAAAAAAAAUCAACUACUUUUAAAUCACAAGCUCUACAAAACCUUGCCAUUCAAGUCGACAUGGCUACAGACCCUUUCGUUACAUCUUUCUUUAAACCUCGCAAACAAAAACUCCCAAACGAAAUUGUCCGCAAGAAACUCCCCCAAAAAGUUCAGCUUGUUCCUUACACAAGUGAUAGUGAAUGA